AGGGCGUGGUGAGUGCCCGGCAGGCGGGGUGCCUGCAGUUUAAGGCGGCUGGUCACGUGCCGGUAGGAGGAGCGGCCAGUGACCGGAAGGCGGAAGUAGCUCGCAGCGAGCUCGGCUCGGCGUCUUCCAGUGCCCCAGACAUGGCGGGCAUCAAAGCUCUCGUGGCGCUGUCCUUCAGCGGAGCCAUCGGGCUGACAUUCCUCAUGCUGGGCUGCGCCCUGGAGUACUACGGUGUAUACUGGCCUCUGUUUGUCUUAAUAUUUUACUUCAUCUGCCCCAUUCCCCACUUCAUUGCAAAAAGAGUGAGUGAUGACAGCGACGCAGCCAGCAGUGCUUGCAGGGAAUUGGCAUAUUUCUUCACGACUGGGAUUGUUGUUUCUGCCUUUGGAUUUCCUAUAAUCCUUGCGCGGGUUGAAGCGAUCAAAUGGGGAGCCUGUGGUCUGGUGCUGGCUGGCAAUGCUGUCAUUUUCCUUACUAUUUUAGGCUUUUUUCUUGUGUUUGGUAGAGGAGAUGACUUUAGCUGGGAACAGUGGUAGGACACCGCUUGGACGCUGGUAAUAUUUUACAGCAUGUAUCACUGUGUGCUCUUUGUGUGUAUCUGUGUAUGUAUUAUAAUGUGUGUGUGUGCUUGCUGAGAUGUAUGUGUGUGCAUAUGCACGUGGUGUUCCACUCUUAGAUCAUAACAUGCUUUUUUAAGAUGUAUUUCAGCCAAAGGGAAAAGGCCCCUGUGACAGCUGUCUCAAUGUAUUCAGUAAAAGCUGGAAUCACUGUUGCAAAUUGGUCCCUUAAGUUUACAAAGCUUAAGCUCUUUUAACCAUUUUUUUACUAUGUAUGCAUUAACUUUUGUUUUGAUCACAGUAGUAUCAUUGAUACAUGUGAUAUUGGUUAGCAGGCCUGGUGGUUUUUUUUCAAAUGCAUAAUCAAAAUAAGCCGAUGUAAAGGUUAUCCAACUUGAUCAGUCUGCUUUGAAUAAGGAUGUAUGAUAUGGGUACUUGCUUUUCAUUUGAGUAAUUGUAAUUUCAGUGUUUUUUUUUCUUGAUAAUGUAAAAACAAACAUAGGUUAUGCCAACUCUUCAACUAUCUAAUGAACGAAAAUGAAAAUAACCCUGGUUAAAAAAAUCCAUCCUUCCUUCCACCUAGGGGUGUUCAUUUAAAAAAUAAUUCUCCCCCCAAGAUACUUGGGCUUUGUCCCUAUUCAAUUUAACAACUGUGGAUCUACUUUGGGAAUAAUACACUUUAAUGCUUAGAGCUGACACUACUUCUCUUAUGUAGGUUCACAAAAGAAGAAACUACUCUCAGGACACUUGCAAUCGGAGUGUAGUGUACACACACCUCUAUAGUCCUAUGUUAAAAUGCCUGAAUUACAAAGAAGUAAGUGUUCCGCUGGGUAACACUGGUUAUCACCUCAGUUCUUAUUACGUUUUAAACGUGCUUAUUCAGCUACCAUUUUUUGUCUAUAAGAAGAGAUUGUUAUAUUAAAGUGCUAUAUUUUUAAAUGGCAUUAUCCUAGUAAACAUUUGCAUAAUCACACUUUAAAAAAGUAAACAUUGUACUUUUUUGACUUGCUGAAUCCUGCAAAUCAUAGAGGCAUGUAGUUUUGUAAGAAUUCAUUCUGAUACAGCUCUAACUCUAGAAGAUGUUUUAGUAAUCUGCAGAGGGGUAAAGGAAGAGACACUUUAGUUAUUCUUUUAUAGGAAAAUGGACAUAAAGAGGUUUCUGCUCUGUGAAGUAAGAAGCUGAAUUCCUGGAUAGGGUAUGUUUAACUGUUGCAAGUUCUUCAGAGCAGCAGAUUACAAACGAGUGUUUACCAUUGUGUGAGUUGUUUCACAGCUGCCUGCUAUCACUUUGUAUAGCUUUGAGGUGAUUGAAUCCGCCCUACAAGAUGUGGCAUCUUCUCCGGCAUAGUGGUUUUUGCCCCCUGAGCUGUAUGGGACUACUUACUCUGCUCUCAACUCUCUCAAUACUUGUGUACUGCAGAAUGGUGUCCUGUGGAUUGCUGUGCUAAGCAAAGAUUAAAAAAAUUAAUGAAUGUUAUGCAAGCACUCUGAUACUGGAUGUUUUGUUCGUGCUCAGUGCCUUAGAAGAAGGAUAUGGAAAUCAUUCUGUGGUCCAAGUAAUAUCACUUAAGUAGGAAUGGAAUAUCACAUUCCAGGAAGGUUAACUAUGUGUUUUAAAUUCAAACUUCAGGUGUGUACAAGGUGAACAGGUCAGUGCUGAGGAAUGUGGAGGAGCCAUAUUUUAUACUGACGUGUCUAGGCUGUCAUUCUUGUAAAAGAAAAAUUGGCAUUAAAAGUUUUCUGGAUGUUAGUGCUUCAUCAAAGACAUAGCAGGAAUAUAUUUGUAAGGAUGCUGUGCAUAAUCGAGUUCUCUUACGGUGUAUUCUUGAUCUUAGUUGAAAUCUGUUGGACCUUACUGAUUUGUAAAGUUCUGCUGUGGAAGUUGUCUGUUGCUUUUUUUUAUGUACCAUGGCUUUUUUUUUCAUUCAAAUUGGUGAACUAGAACAGCAACAAUAAUAACACAAUUCAAGUGCCUGAUCCUGCAAAUGUCCAGAGUCAUUGCUAAGAAUUCUAUUUAAUACCUGUUAAAGUACUCAUGUGCUUGCAGGGUUAGGUUCUUGAGUGUUUUUACUCCUUAGAACUUAUGUACCAACGGCUGCAAAAGAAGUCUACGAAACUAUUCAGCAGCUGGUGAAAUUUUGCUUUCAAGAUGGUGACAUGAAAACAGCUGAGAUAAAUUAUUCUUUAAAUUAGAGAAUAGUUAUUUGUAGAAUCUGUUACAGAUCUGUUGGUAAAUAGUGUGCCUGUGGCAGACGGCGAUGCAGGCAGUAAAGGUAUGACAAUCUAAAAUGAAAAGAACUAAAAAGUGCAGUCUUGGAGAGGUUGCUUUUUUGACAAAUUACUCUAUUUUACUGUAUUUCCUUUGAGGUUACUGUGGUUGGUGGAUACCUCAGGAAAUGGCAAGUAAAUAUGGAGUGGAGAAAGUCAGUGCUUUGUUUUCUUCUUUUGAAGUAGCUACAUGCACUAAUCCUUAAUGUGAACUUCAUGCAGUUUUCAUCAUGGACUUGUAUUUUAAAAUAUUUAACUUUUAAAAAUGUGUUUAACAGUGUUUAAAUAAUGAAAAUCUUCCUUGACCUCUUUAAGAGUAAAUUUGCUUGAAUGAGUCUUCAAUGUCAAAUAGUCGGAGUAAAAGAAAAAAAAGUCAAUGCUUUUUUUUUAUCAGGAGCUUCACUCAUUGACAUAAACCUGGUGCUUUGAUGGCCAGUACUGGGCACUGUCGCUGUCUACCAGUAGCAAUUUACUGUGUUUUCACUGAAAUGGAUUUCUUAUAUGGAAGUGCGUACUAUGUAUCCAGAGUGCCUUAACUGCAAUACUGUGCUGAUUUUGUGAAUGCAUAUAUAUGGCAAUAUCCCUGUGUUUCAUAAUCAGCUGAAAAUCUGUUACUGCAUUUUAUAAAGCUUCCUUGUCAACUAAUGAUGUUUUUUGUAAUUCAGAUGCAGUGCAGCUUUUAUAACUUUUGUAAACACUUUUUAUUUUCCAUGGUUGCCAGGUUCUUGAGAUGGUAAAAUAUUAAAACAUGGAAAGAAUGUAUUCUACUUUUCAAGUUGUCUAAUAAAACUGACUUUUUUAAUUGUCUAAUAAACAUAUCUGGUGCUUUAAGUAUUUGUCUUUC